GAUGCACGCGCCCAGGGGGAGGGUACGAAAUCAAAUCCGCCUCACGAGCUUCUUCUGCUCGCGGAAAGCACAACUCCAGUCACACAACCGGGAUCCACAAACAUACAUUCUACAGUUUGUUCCUUUUCGACUCUUUUACGAAUUUGUUACUUUCUUUUGGAAAGGGAGACCGACUCCCUACCUGCGACGCUCGAUGAAUUCUGCGGGGAGAGUCACUUUGUUGUUUCUUUUAAUUGUCCUGAUAACGCAAGAUUGUUUCUCAUCUAAAGGAGAAGACAGGCUGUUUCGUCGUUUAUUCAGAAGGUAUAAUCAGUUCAUUCGGCCAGUGGAAAAUGUGUCUGACCCCGUCACAGUGGAGUUUGAGGUCUCCAUCUCACAGCUUGUUAAAGUGGAUGAAGUCAAUCAGAUCAUGGAAACAAAUCUUUGGCUGAGACAUAUAUGGAAUGACUACAAGCUGAAGUGGUCACCUGCAGAGUUUGAUGGAAUUGAGUUCAUCAGAGUCCCAUCAAAUAAAAUCUGGAGGCCUGACAUUGUACUUUACAACAAUGCUGUUGGGGACUUCUUGGUGGAGGAUAAAACCAAAGCUCUUUUGAAAUAUGAUGGAACCAUCACUUGGGUCCCUCCUGCAAUCUUCAAAUCAUCCUGCCCUAUGGACAUCACGUACUUCCCCUUUGACUAUCAGAAUUGCUCUAUGAAGUUUGGUUCCUGGACCUAUGACAAGGCCAAGAUUGACCUGGUACUUAUUGGCUCAAAGGUAAACCUUAAAGACUUCUGGGAGAGUGGAGAGUGGGAGAUCAUUGAUGCACCCGGUUAUAAACAUGACAUUAAGUACAACUGCUGUGAAGAGAUCUACCCAGACAUAACCUACAGUUUUUACAUACGACGACUACCCCUCUUUUACACUAUCAACCUUAUUAUCCCUUGCCUCCUCAUCUCCUUUCUGACAGUACUCGUCUUCUACCUUCCAUCAGACUGUGGUGAGAAAGUGACAUUGUGCAUCUCUGUACUCCUCUCUCUCACUGUGUUCCUUCUUGUCAUUACGGAAACCAUCCCGUCCACCUCACUCGUGAUCCCUCUGAUAGGCGAGUAUCUUCUUUUUACAAUGAUUUUCGUCACCCUCUCCAUUGUCAUCACCGUCUUUGUACUGAAUGUGCACUAUCGCACCCCUAUGACCCACACUAUGCCUAGCUGGGUCCGUACCGUCUUCCUCCGAGCUUUACCCCGUGUUAUGCUCAUGCGCCGGCCUCUCGAUCUAUCAGAGUCUUCUGGAAAAGGAGGACUAGUCCCGGGGGGCUCGUCCGGGACUGGAGCAGGACGAGGAGGAGAGGGAAAGAAGAGGAAAAACAGUGGAUCUCAGCAGGGAGCAAUGAACUCUUUGGAAUUUGGAGAAGGGAAAACAGCAUUAGAAGGAAAGAAAGGCGGAUGCCCAUGUCACCCAAUGAAAGAGGCAACUGAGGGGGAUUGUGGGAAAGUGAGUCGUCAGUUGAGUCCACAGGCUAUUAAUACAGUUGUGGCUUUCUCUGUGGUGUCACCGGAGAUCAAACAGGCUAUUGAGAGUGUGAAGUACAUUGCUGAGAACAUGAGGAGCCGCAACAAAGCAAAAGAGGUAAAGUAGUUCCCAUUCAGUCAAUCCACUCGGUACAACACAUUGAUUAUAAGGAAUUGUGCUCUCUGGAUAAACACACUGCCAAAAUUAUUAUUCCUUGACAUGGAAU